AAUUCUGGGAACAGGCCAUGGCAAUCACUCCCACCAUACACUGAACCCACAGUACGUGGGCAAGUCAAUUCUUAACACCCCUCCGCGAAACAAGACGGCAACUUCUUGUUAACGGGACCUCAACGAAACUCUGUCAUUAACACACACAAAUACACAGGCUCAAGUUCAGCCAGCCACACAGACAUCUUUCAUUUACACUUAUGACAGUGGGUCAUUUUGCCCCUGUGUGAUACUCGCACACACAUUCAUUUCACACACUCAUACACACAGACACUCACUCAUACAGACACACAGACACUCACUCAUACAGACACACAGACACUCACUCAUCCAGACACACAGACAGUGGGAAUUUGAGAAGCUCCAGUCAGACUGAGGAAUGCUGCUGGACAUGGAUUGCUCUCCAUUCACCAGACUCACAGUGUUUCUCCUCCUCCUUCCAGCAGUUCCAGCCAUUAAUCCGACUAACCAGACAGAGGUUAUGGGUGGACCUUUACAAACCACCACGCCUGUAGCCAUUUCCGAGGUGACCUCAGUACCAACACCACGAUCCAACACCACCACUGUGGCGGUUGUUGAUACAAGCCCAGAACAAGCCCAUCCACAGACUGAUGUCACACCAUCCCUAGCAUACUCAACGCCAGGGAGCAACACUCUUGUGACAAACCCCAGUGUCGGGCAGUUAAAUCGAACAAUGAGCUCACCCGGAAACGACAGCAGUGACAAUGAGGCGCCCACGUCCUCAUCCCAACCAUUGUCUCCUACCGCCACAGGCAUGACUCAGGCACAAAGAUCUGCUACCACCUCACAAGACACUUCCAAAGAACCUGGAUCGACAGCUGCCACAACAGCCCCCUCUACGACCCCGUUGACCUCCCCUGAGGGACCUACAGAGACACACACAGACAUCUCUCCCACUCAGCCCCCGGGAAAAAGCCUCACCAUGCUUGCCUUUGGUGUCAUGAGCUUCAUCCUCAUCCUCAUCAUUAUCAUGGUGGUCUUGGUAACCGUGGUCAACCUGAGAGACCGCUGCAGCCACUCAACAGAGGAAGGUAAAAAGAGCAGCGAUUCUGUGGUAUCAGAAAGCAAUUUCACAUACAAUGGUGAAAAAGAGAGCAUCACUUUGGUCUCCAUGAAGACCAUUCACUCAGAAACUGACACAGAUUCGCCCCAGGUCUCCUCCAUUCACAGUACAACACUGGACUACGAUGAGCAUGAACUGAGUAGGGACCUGAUGGACACUAAGCUGGUGUGAAAAUAAAGACCUUAGAUGUGACCAAAACAGAAAUGACCAAACUACUCUUACAAAAUUGACCGAUACAUCUGAGUCCACACAGCAUAUCAAAUCACUGCUGUGGCGAUAAUAUGUGCUGGCUACCACUGGGCAUAGUAAGUGUCUGUUGUAUCUACUGUCCCAUCCAUAAAAACUGACAGUAAAGUCAAAAUUGCUAUUUAUGCUAUACACUCAACGAAUAUGAAAAUAAGAUUAAAAGAUUAUUCGAAAGUACAGAAUGUCACCUUUUGUUCCUGCCGGUUCGACACUUAUAUAUGCUUAAUCGACUAAGAAUAACAGCACUGUAAGAGUUCAAUCGCCCAUUUUAUGUGAGCAGAAGUAUUGGGACACAGGACAAAUUGAUGAGGUGUUUUCUUUGGCAUUGAGUGUCAACACAUAGAAGAACGAUGAAUGUGCAGUCCAGGUCCAUCGUUUGCUUUUAUAUUUGUUGUCUGCAUUCGGUCAGUAGGAAUGACCAGAGCUGUGAAAAACAACCGAAAAAUAAGGGUCAGUGAAAUCACCAACAAGGCAGCAAAAUUACAAAGCUACACUGCAAGAUGCAAACCUCUGAUCAGCACCAAAAACAGAAAGGCCAGAUAUUUGCUAAAAAGUAGAGAUCAGAUCAGUAGAGAUACAGUUGUGGAAUAGGUUUUUAAUGCUGAGAUGAGACAAAGGUAAACCUUUAUCAAAAUGAUGGGAAGGCAAAAGUGUGGAGAAAAUAAUAAAACUAUAGAUUAUCUAAACCACACCAUCCCAUCUGUGAAGUACAGUGGAGGUAGUGUCAUGGCAUGGGCAUGCAUGAACGUUUGCUUCUGGAACAGGCUCACUCAUCUUUAUUGAUGAUGUAACAAAUGAUGUCAGCUGCAGAAUGUAAUCAGAAGUGUAAAGAAGCAUCAUGACUACCCAUGCACAAGAAAACGCCACCUGACUCAUUGGGUGGCGUUUCACAAUGCAACGGGACAAUUGCCCAAAAACACACGGCUAUUGCAACCAAGUUCAUGGGGAACCCGUUUUAGACUGGCCACGUCAAGGUCUUGAUUUAAAUUCGAUUGAACAUGCAUUUCACUUGCUGAGGACGAGACUGAAGUCAGAAACUCCACGAAAAAAGCAACAGCUCAUGGCUGCAGUAAAGGCUUGGCAAAACAUUUCAAAGGAUACUAAUUGUUUGGCGAUGUCAGUGGGUUGAAGAUUCACUGCUGUUAUUGCAUGCGAGGGAUUUGUGGUUAUAUACUAGCUUUCAUACUUCCUACAUUUUCUUUAAAUUGAAUUGUCUCAAAACUUAUGCUCGCAUUAAAUGGGAGGAUGUAAUUCUGAAAGUGAUGUUAUUCAGUUGGUAAAACAAUGUGUUCAAACAGACUAAUUCAUAUAAUCGUAUUUCACCAUGCCUUGAGUGAACAGCAGAAAAAUUUGGAUUGGCAUUCAGUAUUGCAUUAGAAUUUUUUGUUGUACUCUCAAAUUAGCCCAUGUCAGCUAUUUUUCGCUGAGUCAAUUGCUCAAGCUUUAGAAGCCAGCGAUCUAAACUUAAAUUACUCAUGCUCACAGAUAUCAUCUUACAAGCUGGUGGAUAUCCCUGAUCUAAAUGGAUGAAAUGUUUGUAUACUCUAAUGUAAAUAAUACAUUGAAUAUGUCUUAUUGUUACAUCAAAAUGGUUUUAUGAAAAUUGUGUUCUUGCAAUUGUACUUUUUACUUUUAUAAAUGGUUUCCAUUUCUGGACCACAGUUGUCAAUAAAACAAAAUAUA